AUGGCUGGGCAUGUACCCAAGUCGCCUUCCGAGCGGCUCUUCGUCGGAUGCGCGAGCGCAUCGCAUGACACAACAUAUGCGGAGAUCGACGCAUGA